AAAAAAUCAACUCCGACUAAAUCUCUUUCAUACCCGAUAUCAACCGGAACGACAUUCGAACCUAAAAAGGAUGAAGAUUUUAAUUGUCGGUUCCGGAGGUCGAGAGCACGCUCUUGCCGUUGCAUUAGCCAAAUCAAAAUCAGUCACGAAAGUAUUCAUUGCACCCGGAAACGGCGGUACUGAUACCCACGAAAAAUGCGAGAAUGUAAAUAUCUCACCGAGCGACUUUGGACGUCUUGUAAAAUUUGGAUGUGAUGAAAAUAUCGAUAUGGUAAUUCCAGGUCCAGAGCAAGUUUUAGUAGAUGGGAUUGAAGGAUCUUUCCGCAAAGUCGGAAUCCCAUGUUUUGGUCCAACCACCAAUGCUGCUCGAAUGGAAGGCUCGAAAACUUUUUCGAAAGAUUUCAUGGCCAAACAUUCCAUCCCAACUGCACGAUAUUCAAAUUUUUCAAAUUUCGAUCAAGCAAAGGCUCACCUUGAUAAAGUUGACUAUAAGGUUGUCAUUAAAGCUAGUGGACUUGCAGCUGGCAAAGGUGUCAUCAUUCCUGAAAGUCGAGAAGAGGCUCUUAAAGCUUUACAAGAUAUCAUGAUCAAUAAAGAUUUUGGCGUCUCUGGAGAUGAGGUGGUGAUUGAAGAAUUUCUCGAGGGUCAAGAGAUUAGUUUGUUGGCUAUCAGUGAUGGAUAUACAGUCGUUGCAUUACCUAGUGCUCAAGAUCAUAAGCGAAUCGGGGAAGGUGAUAUGGGUCUCAACACGGGUGGCAUGGGCGCAUACGCACCAACACCUGUUGGUACUCCAGACCUCAUCGCAGAGUGUAUGAAAACAGUCAUUCGACCCACAAUCGCUGGAAUGCGUCGGGAUGGCAUUCCCUUUGUCGGAUGUCUCUUUACAGGCUUCAUGAUUACGUCUGAGGGUCCCAAGGUAUUAGAAUAUAACGUACGAUUCGGCGAUCCGGAGACACAGACUGUUCUCAGCUUGCUAUCUAAUGAUUGUGAUCUCGCUGAGAUUUUCAUGGCUUGCUGUGAACGCCGCUUGGAUGCCGUACCGUUACAUUUCAAAUCCCUAUUUUCAGUCACCGUCGUUCUCGCCUCGCCUGGUUAUCCCAACUCUUAUCCGAAAGGAUUACCGAUCACCAUUAACUCUCAGUUACUACCCAAAGACUCUUUCAUCUACCAUGCAGGUACUGCCGUCGACAAUCAAGGUCAGCUAUGUACAGCGGGUGGCCGAGUAUUGGCUGUGAACGGCGUUGGUGAAUCGAUCAAGGCUGCUGCUCAAGUCGCAUAUGAAGCUGUUGAUUGUGUAAAAUUCGAGGGUAUGACCUAUCGUAAAGACAUUGCGCACCGUGCAUUGAACGCAACAUCCUCCGGCCCCAAGCAGCCACAAACGGGUCUCACUUACGAGAGUGCGGGAGUGUCUAUAGACUCGGGCAAUCAAUUAGUCUCGCGCAUCAAACCCCUUGUCAAGACCACCGCCCGAUUGGGAUGUGAUUCGGUUAUUGGAGGCUUUGGCGGAUUGUUUGACCUCAAAAGUGUUGGGUACGAAGAUCCUGUCAUCGUCAGUGGUACCGACGGUGUGGGUACGAAGCUCAUUGUGGCACAGCAAGUUGGAAAACACGACACUGUUGGUGUGGAUCUAGUGGCAAUGAGUGUAAACGACCUGCUAGUUCAGGGCGCAGAGCCCCUCUUUUUCCUGGAUUAUUUUGCAUGUAAUCAUUUGAAUGUCGAUGUGGCAGUUGACGUGGUCAAGGGGAUUGCCGAUGGAUGUAAGACAUCCGGCUGUGCAUUGAUCGGAGGCGAAACAGCUGAAAUGCCUGGACUAUAUCGAGAAGACGAUUAUGACCUAGCAGGUUUUGCUGUAGGUGUGGUCGAGAGAUCAAAGAUAUUACCUCGAAUGCAAGACAUCAAGUCUGGAGACGUUUUACUCGGACUGACAUCAAGCGGUGUCCACUCAAAUGGAUUUUCACUCGUACGAAAAGUUGUUGAACGAUCUGGUCUCAACUUAAAUUCAACCUGUCCUUGGGCACCUACCCAAACACUCGGACACGUCUUUCUACAGCCUACUCAAAUUUAUGUAAAACAAUUACUUCCCGUUCUCAAAUCGGGUAAGAAUCUCAUCAAAGGAAUGUGCCAUAUCACGGGAGGUGGCUUCAUCGAAAAUUUGCCUCGAGUACUACCUGACAAAUUGGGAUGUGAGGUAGAUGUAAGAUCAUACCCUCUACCCGAUUGCUUUCAAUGGCUAAUGAAGCAAGGGAAUAUCGAUCCACUCGAGAUGUGUCGAACAUUCAAUUGUGGAAUUGGAAUGGUGUUGAUUGUAGCAAAGGAUGAUGUGGCAGAACUAAACACAAUCCUGAAAGAGUCAAAACAGCAAGGUGAGGCUGAUGUACAUGUAAUUGGUAGCGUAAAUUUCACUGCAGGAGUAAAGAUGGUGGGAUUGGAGAGCUGGUCUUGAUGGUAUUGGCAAUUAUCUCAACUUGGAAACUUUAGCAUUUUACACACUCCCUUGUUUUCUUUAUCUUGUCAAUAUGUUCAUGAGGAUCUGUAUGCGUUUUCACAAAAUCUAUCUUGGGUGUUUGGCUCC